AUGGGAAAACAAUUGGUGCUGUCUAACCCGUUCCCGCCAGGAACCAAAAUUAUCUACCCUUACAAGAUGGCGGGACUGCCUGCAGAACAGCAAUCUCGGGGAGUUUAUGCCAAACAGGCCCGUUUAGAAACGCCUUUUGAUAAGUUUUGUACUUUCAGUGAUAAAAAGGCAUUUUGUACCUUGUAUAAGCAUAUGUUGUCUAAUCGAAAUUUGGCUCUUCUUUCCGACAAAAUAACAUAUUGUGAUCCAAAUGCCGAAGAUGGAAAGUUGUUUUCUAAAGCAUCUUGUCAUGCAUCACCGGUGUUGCAAGAACUUUAUGCCUUCGAAAGCAUUUUCAAUGAUGGAGUAAAAAUGUUGAAUGAUAUAACCAAUAAGGACAGUUACAUACCGGAAGAUGAACACACAAGAACACUUCUACUCCCUUUGUUGGCAUUUCUUUUCGAUGAAGAGUCCCACAGAUGUCUUCGAAGUCUCAGUGUUGGAGUGAAAAAUGAAACACAGCUGAUGGUAACUCUUGGGAUGCAUUUUUUCUCCAAACUGGCAGUUGCAAAAGAGUUCACAAUGGAUAAGUGUGCAGCAAAAAAAGAUUACCUUUGCAUUUGUGGAAACUGUGAGAAAAAGGAAAUCCUUUCUCGAUUUGAUGACACAUCAGUUGGUCAUGGUAAAGUAUGGCAUGGAAAUGUGGACAUAAUGCUUGAGAGCUGUGACAUUGGUGUGCAUUGUAGCCCAACAGAAGAGACAAGUACAGGAGAAAGAACAACUGUUGAAGUGAAAUUUUGUGACCUGAAUUCAUUCAUUGUCAGAGAUCAUAUGCUGGCCCAAACAAUUACAUUUUCUUUUUUGCAACAGCAGCGACAUCCAGCGUUUAAACAUUCCUUGAUUCCGAGCAUUUUAGCCUCUAAUAAAUCUGUUCAAUUCUUUUUUUAUGAUUCCAAGAAUGACAUUUUACUUGAAAGUGCAGAAUUCGACUUUUUUGAUUAUGAUGGCAGUACUCAUAUACUGAACUAUCAAGCUGUAAUCGCGACCUGGUUUGUUGUAAACUAUAGAUAUCUCAGUUCAGGACCUACAGAAAGUAUACUUAAUGCUCCAAAAGCAGACUUCCCAAAGUUUGCUGGAGAUGCACUGGAUAUUUACAAGUCAGAAUUAAAAUAUCGUAGAGUGUCUGAAACUGUAGAGGAAAAAGAAUUACCAAGUCGUGUAAGGUGGAAAAUAAGUCGAGGAUUUUAUUAUGAGCUCCCUCUUAAAAUGGAAUAAAACAUUCUUUCAUGUUGAUUAGGUUAAAGACAUCACUCGCACAUAUAAUGUUGUUAACCUCUUCUAUUACAUCACUGGCCGAAAACUUUUACUAACACAACUAUACUAAGAUGUCUGGGUAAUUUUUUCACUUCAAUAUUCUAAAUAAUCGGUCAACAAAAUUCACUGAGGAUAACAUUUGGUUAAAGUGCCAAACACUUGGUUUAAGUUUUGCAUACCAGUACACAAUGCACUACAUCUCAUUUACUAUCAAAGCUUUUGCAUUGAAACAUGUAACAUUUGCUAACCAUCAUUGGUAAACUCUACUUUUCAAGUGCCAUAACUUUAGGAUGAUUUUGUUAGAAGUUAUGGCCUGUUGUACUUAAAUAUUCUGGUUUAAGUUUUGCGUGCAAGUACAUAUUGCACUAUAUCUCAUUUACUAUCAAAGCUAUUGCAUUGAAACUUGUGUGCAUUAACAUAUGUCACAAUACCUUAUUUACUGUCUUUGCUUCAAGUGUUAGUCCUUACUUAAUAUUUAUCUUCUUUGACAAGUGUUAAUUAAAUAGUCAAGCACGCUGUCUUACUGACAGCUCUUGUUGUAAGUAGUUAUGUCCCUUUUAACUCGGACAUUUUGGUGUUAAAGUUUUGUUUGCCGGUGCAUAUUGCACUAUAUCACAUUUACUGUUACAGCUGUUGCAUUGAAACUUGAAACACUUGCUUACCAUCAUUAGUGGUCUUCACAGUUUAAGUGCCAUAACUCUUGAAUGAUUUUGUAAGGAGUUAUGACCCAUUGAACUUUGAUAUUUUUCAUAUUGCACUAUAUCUCGUUUACUAUCAAAGCAGUUGCAUUCAAACUUAACACUUGCUUACAAUCCUCAGUUAAAUCUACUAUUAAAGUACCAUAUCAAGAUUUUAUUGAGAAUUAUUGCCCUUUGCACAUGGAUAGCUUUGGUAAAAAUUCCUUGCAAGUAAAUGUACUUAUUACACUUUAUCUAAAGCUAUUGUAUUAGCACUUGAAACAUGCACUUGCUUACCAUCUUAAAUCAUCUCUACAUUUCAAGUGCUAUAACUAUAGGAUGACUGUAAGGAGAUAUGGUCUCUUGCAUUACUACAAAUUUCUCAGUUAAGGUUUUGUGUGUAUGUACAUAUUUCACUAUGUCUUGUUUAUUAUCAUUGCUUAAAGUCCUAAUUAAAUGUUUAUUUCCUGUGUUAAAUAUUUAUUAAAUACUUGACCACGCUGUUUUAACUGACAGCUCUUGUUUAGUAUCGUAAGUAAGUCUUGUGAGAUUGUCACCAUGUCGUAUCAGAAAGUUGGGUAAAUGACCCAGGGCCCAAAGGUUAACAGGGUCUGUUUGUUGUCCGGGCCAUAACUCUGCCAUCAAUGAAGGGAUUUUGAGAUAACUUGGCAUAAAUGUUUACCAUAAUAAGACGAUGUGUCUUGCACAAGAUCCAGAUCCCUAACUCCAAGGUAAAGGUCACACUUGGAGGUUAAAGGUUAACAGGGUCUGUUGUCCGGUUCAUAACUCUGCGAUUCAUCAAGGGAUUUUGAAAUUACUUGGCAUAAAUGUUCCCCAUAAUGAGACAACAUGUCAUGCGCAAGAUCCAGACCCCUAGCUCUAAGGUCGAGGUCACAGAGGUUAAAGGUUAACAUGGUCUGUUUCUUGUCCGAUCACAUAACUCUGCCAUUCAUCAAGGGAUUUUGAAAUGACUUGACAUAAAUGUUCCCUAUAAUAGAUGAUGUGUCGUGUGCAAGACCCAGACCCCUAGCUCCAAGGUCAAGUUCACACUUAGAAGUCAAACGUUAACAUGGUCUGUUUCUUGUCCCGUCCAUAACUCUGCCAUUUAUCAAGGGAUUUUAAAAUUACUUGGCACAAAAUUAAUGUUCCCCAUAAUGAGUUAAUUUAUCAUGCGCAAACAACUUUAACGUUCUAGGGCAGGCUUCGGGGGCAUUUGUCACUAAGUGACAGCUCUUGUGUUUAUUUCCUAUGACAAAUAUUUGUAAAUAGUCAAGCACUGAUAGACUUGCUGAUAGCUCUUGAUAGAAUUUGAUAUAAUAUGUAUUUGUUUGGUUGUUUUUGAUAAAUGUAUAUUUACUUCUUGAAAA